AAGAGGCGUUGCCGACUACGUACUAACGCUCCUCCAGGAUUAUAUAUCUGCGCUCGUCACGUAUUUUCAUACAUUGCGCAUUUAGGCCCUGCGAACAGCACGCGAAUCGUCAGAGUCUAAGAUAUUCCAAGAAAUAAAGAUUUAGCAUGGCCAACUACAUUCAUGUACCCGACGAGGCUCCCGCUGUGCCCAAAAUAGACGUGACAGUUGACGAAAGCGACUACAGAUCCGGUGCAUUGAAGCUGAUCAAGGAGCUGAGACCGAAUUGGAAGCCAUCCGAGGUCAAACUGAAGUUCUUCACAGACGGGAUCACCAAUAAGCUGCUGGGUUGCUACGUGGGUGCAGUCGUACAGGAUGUGGUCCUGGUCCGUAUUUAUGGCAACAAAACAGAAUUGUUGGUUGACCGGGAAAAUGAAGUGAAAAGUUUCCGAGUACUACAUGCAAACCGCUGUGCCCCACACCUAUACUGCACCUUCAACAAUGGCCUUUGCUAUGAAUUUCUGCAAGGAACGGCCCUGGAGCCUGAGGACAUUCGCAGCCAACCUGUGUUCAGUCUCAUUGCCAAGCAGCUGGCCAAGUACCAUGCCAUCCAUGCCCACAAUGGCUGGGUGCCCCAGUCUGACAUGUGGAUGAAGAUGGGCAAGUACUUUGCUCUCAUCCCCAAGUGCUUCAAGGACCCAGAGCGAAACACCAGGUUGACUAUGGAGGUACCAAGCCCUCUCUGCCUCCGAAAGGAACUGGUGUGGCUCCAGCAGAGCCUGUCUGUGCUGGGCUCCCCAGUUGUUCUCUGCCACAACGACCUUCUCUGCAAAAACAUAAUUUAUAAUGAGGAGGCAGGCAACGUAAAGUUCAUUGACUACGAGUACGCUGGGUACAAUUACCAAGCCUACGACAUUGGGAACCAUUUCAACGAGUUUGCCGGCCUGAAUGAGGUGGAUUAUAGUCACUACCCUCAGCGGGCCUUUCAGCUGCAGUGGCUCCGCUCCUACCUGGAGGCCUAUAAGGAGCACAAAGGCCAAAGCGAUGAAGUGACGGACGCAGAGGUGGAGAUUCUUUACGUCCAAGUCAACCGAUUUGCCCUGGCAUCUCACUUCUUCUGGGGUCUCUGGGCUCUGAUUCAGGCCAAGGUCUCCACCAUCGACUUUGACUUCUUGGGAUAUGCAGUCCUGCGCUUCAACCAGUACUUCAAGAUGAAACUGGAGGUGGCUGCGCUGAACUUACCCGAAUAAUAGCCCCCCGCCCCCUCAUCUUCUCUUCUUUUUGCUCUUCCUCCCUUCCACUCUUCUCUGAGGCUCACAUGAUGAAUGCAGAGCGCCCUGUAGGGGUCUUGUGUAGGGAAGAGCCAGAUUCAGAGUCUGUCCUGCUUUGUGCCUACAGGUCCCCUCUACAUGUCCAUAUCUCUAUAGAUUAAAUGGACCACAAGUUUAUCCAUCCUCUGCCGUCACAGCUUUUGUUAACCAGUAGCCCAGGUCAUUUGUAAUGUGGGCGAAGUGUGAGGCAGAGACUCGAGACCUCCUAUAAUGUGAAACCAACAUGGCUGAAUUUAGUUUUGGCUGUUUCAACUAUCCUAAUAUCAAUUAGAUAUUAACACUAUAUCAGCGUAUUGUAUCUGCCAGCUGCUUUUCUUGUAGCUCAAAUCGCUACGAAUAAGAUGAAGGAAUGUCGCUUUAAUCGUAACCAACACGUAGUAACCGCCUACGGGACUGACAGGUGGCCCAAACACUAAUCUCAUUGCCUGGAGAAACCUUCAUAUGCGCUUUCAUGGGGGGGGGAACCCUCGAGGGCCCCAGCCCAGCUCAGCUACAACCAAAUUUCUGAUACGAGAGCAAUACAGAGCCUGCUUUGUUUGCUGCAGAUGAAAGGAGGAAAAAAAGAAAAGAAAUGCCAACAUGGAAAGACCAGUGCUGUCCCUUACUCCUAUGUGAGAUGAGCCAAAUUACAACAAAAGAAAACUCGUGGUCUGCCUUGUGACUUGUUUUCGCCCUUAUUUUCCUCAGCAUACUGUGCAUUGGUGGUGCGCCAGAUAAAGCGGUCAUCCUGUGUAGUUUGGUCAGGGCUUCAUUGUUUUGACUUUCUGGACUCAAAAGUACAAAUAUCCAGUUUGAGGAGAGCAUCUUGUUUACGUCCAACUUCAAGCCCUCGAGUUAAAUAGUCGAGUUAAAAGUCGAGUUAAAUCAGUGAGCGGUCUUUUGACUCGAGGGGGGUUUUCACUGUAAUGUACUGUAAUGUUUCAUUUUUGGUUCCGCUUUUCUUUUGUCUUAAACUAAACCGGGGACAAGCCUGCAUCGCACUGUAAUUUGAACAUUCCAUGUUCAUAACGCCAGAUAAGAAAUUUGGUUGUAGUUUCAAAUGGUAAGUUGGCUUUGUCGGGGACUUAAUUCACUGUGACAUCGACUGUAAGACAUGCUGUUCUAAAAGAGACCAAACCGUUUAAUCGUCUGCUCCGUCAGGGAACGUUUGGGAAUCAUCUUUAAUGUUACAAAACAGUGCUGUUAAGUCCUAAUAAAGUCAAGACAUUUUUUAUACACUUGUAGACCAGUUUUCACUUGCGUGUGUGUGAUUUUGGCCUUGCUGGCUGUCUGAUUGCUGAGCCACUGUUGGCAUUCGUCCUAUUAGGUGCACAUUGUUGAAGUUUUGGUGAAGAAGAAUGUAGAGUAGGUUUGGUUACCGCACAUCUGUGUUAAGUUAAAAACAAUGUAAUGAAUGUCAGCAGUUGGUGGGACCUGGGGAGCAAGAGCGCCAUCUGUUGGAGAGAAAAGUAAUGGUAGCUGUCAGUAGCUGUUCUCCAUGUUAAGUGUUAGUGUUUUUUAAAUGUGCUUUAGGAGUCCCUUUUAAAAAAACUGAAACAAGUUCAUCUCUUAGGUUACUUUAAAAGGCCUACACCAAAGUGCUGACAUCCGUUCUGUGCUUGUACAUAACGCACACUGUAUCAUUUUCCAUGUAGCAAAAAUAGAAUUAGAGUUACAGUUGUAUAGACUUUUUAUACUUUAUAUGAGGCUGAGGUCUUUUGAGAGUGUGGAUGUUUGCUGAUGGAACAGCAUUUGACCCCCUGGACAAAUAUCGCAUCCUUUUAAGAAAACAAGUUAAAAUGUGUGAAACGGUUUCUUAUUCACUCCAAAAAAACCAGUCUGCAGACCAUGCAUGUUUGCCCAGGUGCUCUCUGCUGGUUUGCAAAGCUCUGUGAAGAGGCCAUUACUGACGAGACCGGAUUGUCCGUGUUCUCACGAGUCUGCCAGUGUGCCUGUGAAAGCUCUUGUUUUGUACAUGCAGGUUUGAUGUUUUGACGGUUAUGGCCUACGACUUCACUCCUGUCUUUAAUUUAGUCUUUGCUUGUCUUUCAUUCUGGUGACUUCAGAUGGAUGAAUUAAUGAGUUUAAUUGCGUCGGGCCUAAUAUGAAUUUGAAAUGUACAUUGGCUUCUUGCAUAUGUGAAAGUCUUCCAUAAAAGCGUAUUUGACAGUUUUGAUAAGUUACCGGUUUGACUUAUAUUUGAGGAGCAUGUUAAAGGUCUUUGUAGGAUUGUUUUCUGUUGGCUGUCUGAUUUGUACUCUACCAUGUCAGACUGCAUUUACAUACAUUUGACUACCACAUAAUCAAAAUUGUAUUGCUGAAAUAUUUCCUAUGUGCUCUAUUUCCUGAUAGGGGCCUCCACUACUAUUUAACAUUG